UACUUUCUCAUUCUGUCCUCUCACACAGCAGAGGCAACAUGAGGCUGCAGGCCGUCCUGCUGCUCGCUCUGCUCGCUGAGGCUUUUGCUGCAGAGGAGUCCUGUAUGGGUCGCUGUGAGAAUGGCUUUGACUCACAGAGGAGCUGCCAGUGUGACUCGAUGUGCAAGUAUUACAAGAGCUGCUGCUCUGACUUUGAGACCACCUGUGGCAUGACGACUCGUGGAGACACGUUUGUGUUUGCAGAGGAUGAUGAUGAUGAGCUGCUUGAAGACACCACUCCCUCCCCUCCACCUUCAGCACAGUCUUUCACCACAGUCGGCCAUCAGCUGCAGCCCACGCAGCGGCCUGUCUCAGACUUUGGUCACAGAUCACAGCAACACCCAGAAACCACACUGGAAAUGGCCAAACCCCAGCGACCGAUGGACACCAUAUUUCAGAGAGUCCCUGUUAGACAGACGACACCCAUUUCACAGACAGUCCCCCCUACACACAUGGUCCCAUCCACAACUGAACCCCCUGAGAUCAAUACAGCAGCUGAGACGACCACGGCUCCCGUCACAACAGCCACCACUGAAGCCCCCGACCCAGACGCUGAGGUCUGCAGUGGGAGGCCUUUUGACUCUUUUAUGCAGCUAAAAAAUGGCUCCAUAUAUGCCUUCAGAGGGGAGUAUUUUUUUGAACUGGACCAGAAGUCGGUCCUUCCUGGUUAUCCAAAGCUCAUCAAGGACGUGUGGGGCAUCGACGGGCCAGUGGAUGCUGCUUUCACCCGUGUCAACUGUCAAGGGAAGACGUACAUCUUCAAGGGAAACAAGUACUGGAGGUUUGAUAAUGGUGUACUGGAUGAGGACUACCCUCGAGAUAUCAGCGUGGGCUUUGAUAAAAUUCCUGAUCAUGUGGAUGCAGCUUUUGCUCUCCCUGCCCCUGGUCACCAUGGAAAAGAGAGAGUCUAUUUUUUCAAAGGGGAUCAGUAUUACAUGUAUGAGUUUUUGCACCAGCCGUCUCAUGAGGAGUGUAUCGCCAUGUCUGAGAGGUCCCCGUCCACACUGUUCAGGCGCUACACUGACGUAUACUACAACAACUAUGAAAGUUUUUUCAGCGAGCUCCUCUCUGACUUGCCUCAGCAUCAUGACAAACACCACUUCAUUAACAAAGACUGGAAGGGCCUCAAGUCUCCAGUGGAUGCUGCCAUGGCGGGCAGAAUCUAUGUCCCUUCCUGGAGGUCAAUGCCACGUCGCAACUACUAUGACCUUGACCAGCAGUGGGGUCAACAGCAAGGCCAGCAGUGGAACCAGCAGUACGGGCAGCAGUGGGGUCGGAGGAGGCAGAGCCGUUCACCCUUCUGGGGCUCCAUGGCUGAGAGGGGGAUGAACAUGGGUCAGGAGUUUGCUGAAAGAGGCAUGGAGAUGGGUCUGAGGUUGGCAGAGAGGAGGAUGGAAAUGGAGGAGAGGCUCGGACGAGACUGGGACAGACGGUGGGAUCAAGACUGGGACCAGAACAGAAGGAGAGAUCGAUACGGCCAGAACAACAGAGGCAACUAUGACUCCAGGGAUGACAGGUCGUACUGGGAGCCACCGAGGAGCGUGCCCAUUCAGAGCGUCUACUUCUUCAAAGGAGAUAAAUACUACAGAGUGGACCUCAGGACCAAGAGAGUUGACCCUGCCAUGCCUCCAUAUCCCAGACCCAUUGCCAAGUACUGGCUCGGCUGCUCAGACACCACUGGGGCAGAGAAGAAGUAGUUUCAUAUAUUUUAGGUAUUUUAAUACGAUCGUUUGUACUAAAUUUGUGUAUAACGUGAUUCGUUUUCAGUCAGCCAGGCAGUGUCGACUGUGGAAGGUUGUGUCAAACAUGUUCAGUGUAACACAUAACUAGCUGCUCAGAAACUUAUGCAAAUAUUGGAGAUCGGCGCCAGUCCACACACGGCUUGUCAUGGCCAAAGUUCAGCUGGUUGAUCUUCUGAACCCCGCAGAGUUAUCAUAUCUGUUCUUAAUAUCAGUUGACCUACUUUAUUAAAAACAGCUGUAGUCAACUGUGGGCUGUGUUUUAAUAAAAAAAAAACAUGUAUCUUCACCAUUUAUAAGGCUUCAUGUUUUAUAAAUUCAUAGCCUGGCACUUACUAGUUUCCAGUGCAUAAUAAUUGAGGAGUUUGUUAUUUUGCAUCCAUUCAAAGACCAACACAGACCUGUUUUCUAAAUCACGUAUACACAGAAUUUAUUUUCCCAUUAUUAAUUAUGAAUAUAUACACAGUGAUAUAGAAAUAUUAAACACUCAUGAGAUGAUAGAAGUAAGAAAAAUUCCUAAAUUGUAGUCAUGUGUUUUUACACAACAGCAGCAUUGUGUGACUGUCAUGUCAGAGGUCGGACUGUAGGGACAGGUGGGCUCACUUUGACAGUAGGUUGCAGAUGUGAAAAUAUUUUUACUAUUUCAGUUUCUGACAUCUGCUGAUUGGUACACCAGAGCAAAAUUUAAUACUAUAAUACACUGACAGAAAAACUCAGUUCAGUUUUCAGUGGCUUUAGACACAUGUACUCAGGAUGUACUGGGUGCUGAUUCAGAGUGAGUCACAUUUGUUGGCAUAUUCACCGUGUUACAGUCCGUUCUUACUUGUGUUUUCAUCUGUGACUAAUAAAACAUCAGUAAAACAGGAACACAUGCUUAAACCAUAUUCACUGGAAUUAACCACACAGUUUGUCAUACUGUGAUCGGAGACGUUCAUCACAGCUGUAAUGAUAUUUGUGUCGUACAUAUACUGGUUUACACAGUAAGUGCUUGCCUUUCCAUUAAAAUUAAUAUUCUCCA